GUCAAACACAUCUGGCUACUUGCUCUGCUGUGUAAAAAUUUUCAAAAGAAAAAUUUUGCUUCAUAAUAAUUUAUCUUUUCUAAAAAAAAUAAAAAUAAAUCUUAUACGUAGCAUCGCCUGUCUAAAUCAACCCACAAAAGAUUAAAAGCGUUUUAUUAUGACCAAAUAACAGCGCAAAAAAAAAGAAUAUAUUCAACAAUGGAAUCAAAACAACUGAAAAAAUUAUUUGUAACUUCUUUAAUUUUCUUUGUACUUGCAUUGGAAUACGCAUCAUCGGCUGAAGCUGAAGUUGUCACUCCAAAUGCAACAGUUCCAGAAAUUCCCAGUGAACCAAAACAAACAUGUGUUUGCGAUGGUGCUCUCUUACCCAGGAGGGGGGAAAAUGGAAAAGAAAUUGAAAUCUGCCCACAUUGCAAGUGUAAAUACGAAAAUCGCAAUACGACACUGAUUAAGGUUGUUGUGAUUAUAGUCAUUUGGAUCAUAUCGAUUCUGGUUAUCUAUAUGUUGUUCUUGAUGUGUCUGGAUCCACUGCUGAAUAAGCGCGUCAAAGCAAACUACCAGGAGCACACCAAUGAAGAUGACGACACCACAUCAGUUUCUCCGCAAUCACUUCCCAACAGUGCCGCACAGGAGCUAAAUGCUCGAGCCAAUGUCCUUAAUCGUGUGGGCCACCAACAGGACAAAUGGAAAAAACAAGUACGAGAACAAAGGCGUCAUAUCUACGAUAGACGCACGAUGCUUAAUUGAAUCUACUGAAAUUCUUUUUUUUUUCAAAUUGGUAGUUGAAAUCGAGAUGAUUUAUGAUUGUAACAAGUCUAGAUAAAUUUAGUUUUCUUUUUUUUAGCCAAAAUAGUAUCAUUUUUGGUAAAUCGUUUAUUUUUUUUUGUCUCAGUUCGUUUAAAUAAAAGACAACAAACUUAUUUGUAUUUAUGAAACCUACAA